AUUAAUUAAUUAUGUUUUCAGAGGCGUUAAGUCGCGCGAGGACAAUGGUGGAGACUGCGAGGCGGAGUUGGGGAAAAUGGAAGAGAAGAAAGCCUGGCGAGCAACGAGUGACAUCGGAAGCGUAGCGAACGUUAAGUUGUACGAGGACAAUGGAAGAGGCGGAGUUGGAGAAAAUGGAAGAGAAGGAGGCCUAGAGAGCAACGAGUGACAUCGGAAGCGUGGCAAACGUUAAGUUGUACGAGGACAAUGGAGGAAACUGCGAGGCGGAGUUGGAGAAAAUGGAAGAGAAGGUAGCUUGGAGAGCGCCGAGUGACAUCGGUUGGAAUGCCUAACGAGAAGAUAUGCGUCUGUGGCAUGGGCUCGGACCUGUCCAAGUCACGAAACAGCUCGAUCGUCAUGGGAAAGCUGACCAUCCUCCUGCCGAAGACGAAGGGCAACAAGUCAGAGGACAAGGAUUCGAGGAAGCAACCCGAUGAUGGACGGGUACCGAAGACACGAACGUCGAGCGAGACCGGAAGCAGCAGCACGGGGACGGAAACCGCGAGGCCCACGGUGAAGAACAGCAAGCACGAGAAACGGCUCAGUCACUCGCGGAGGACUCGAAGCGCCGAUAGAGCCGAGUCGCAUUACACUUACAUCGAUUCGGGUUCGAGUAUCCUCGGCGGUGGGAUUCGUGAGAACACCAUACCGGAAGCUCUGUAUGCCACCAUACCGGACACGCCGUCAUACGCGAGCAUCAACGAGACCGGGACGAGUAGGUCGAAUUCGCAGAUCAGGUCGCAACCCCUUUACUCCGCCAUUCCGUCUAUGACGUCGCCGCCGCCGACGUACGACGUCGCGGUUGCAAAAACGUGGCAGAACGGUCGGCCACCAACAUAUGACGAAUAUUACGCAAUGAUGUCACGCUCGCAUACUCCUCCGCCACCAUGGUCCGACUCAACGACACCGGUGGCUAACCCGACAUCGAGUAUUCAAGCGCGACGCGAACUCUUGGCCAGCCAGCCUGAGUUUCGCGAGUAUCUAACGCAACUGGCGCUAAGCGAUCGUGCCUCGCAAUAUCAAUAUCAACAGCAACGACAACAAUCUAGAGACGCUAUCUCGAUCCCGAGAGAACAGCAGGCCAGAGUGCAACAGCGUACGCGAGCAAUGCCUCCCAGAUCGCAGAGCGAGAGUCGUGCGCAACAGCAACGAAUUGCGGCGAUGUAUACGGAUGCUGCGUUUUGUAUGGAAACCACAGUACUGCAGACGGCUUUCGAUUCCGGCCACGGAUUUGCCCUCUGCAGUUUGAUGUAAAAGGACGAGCAACUUCACCUCG